AUGCGGGCCGACUUCCUUCUUCCACCAUUGCUUGGUGUGAUUGCCUUGCUUGCUUGGCCUGUGUCGGUCGCAUCCUCUCUUACCUAUUGUUCUUCGGCAAAUACAGGCUCCUCGCAGGCAGCAAACGAAAGUACCUACCAGUCCAAUGGUCUUUGCGAGGACCACUGCAGCAACUAUGCGUUUGGAAUCCUUCAAGGGUACGACUGCUGGUGCUCGAACAUUGUUCCCAAUGAGGCGACCAACGUGAACGUUUCGCAGUGUAGCCAGGAUUGUCCUGGUUACCCCGAUGAUAGCUGUGGAAGUACUUCGAAGGGCCUUUACGGUUACGUUGCGAUCGUUGGACAACAGCCGUCCGGAACAGCGACCGUCUCUACGACAUCGACAUCUUCUACCUCGACAUCUUCAUCAUCUGAAACUACUGCCGCUACGACGACGGGAGAAUCUGUGGCGGUCACAACCGACUCUGGUGUGGUCAAAACGGUCACAAUUCCCGCUGCCACAAAAGCAACUUCAACGUCUGCAGCGGACAACCUUUCAUCCGCAAAGAGUGACAACAACUCUGGAAUGAGCUCGGGUACCAUCGCUGGUGUCGUGGUAGGCUCCGUUGGUGGUGCACUCGCCAUCCUAGCCCUGAUAUUCGUGUUGUUCUUCGCGAAACGCAAAUCGCGGUCGAACAGCCCAGAUCCAAGUGUACAGUCCAUCCUGCUGGAUGGAAGACAAAGCAAAGGCUCACAGAUGAGUUUUAUGAAGGGCAUGUUUUCCGACAAUCAUAGUCAUACCUUGUCUGCUGGGUCCGCUGCCAGCCGCUUGCCGACGUUUACGGACAACCGCAUGAAAACCGAUACCGUUCUCUACGCGAAUGGCCGCCGAGAUAGCGAUGUGUCACUCCAGGAUAAUGAAGAUUAUUCUCGGCCUGUGUUGCGGCUCACGAACCCCGACUAA